AUGGCCGACGCUGGGGUAUGGCCGGCCUGGGAGGCGGCGACGGCCGCCGACGUGUUCCACGUCACGCUGACGGAGAGUGAACCGAACUAUGUGUAUCUGCCCGAUUUGGCCGACGAGCUCCGCGAAGAAGGCGCCGAAGUACGUCUGUCGCUCGGCAUGGCGGACCGGAUCCUGAUCGCACGCCUGUCGCAGGAUACGACAUACAACAACGAGACGAGCUGGGACUACCUGGUGCAUGCGUGGACGCGGUGCCGCGACGCAGAGGGCCGCACGCGUACGCAGCUGCCGGCGCCGCUCGUCGAGCAUGGCCUCAAGGCGCUGCAGCAUGCGCGGGGCCUGCUCACGAGCUACACAGGCCUUGUCGUGCAGAUGCCUGACAUGUUCCCAUGCUACGAAAAACACGGCAAGACGCUCUCGCCGAGUGCACUGGUUCCCACGUUCUUGCACCUCGCAUCGACUGCUGGCAUGGACGACGAGACGGAUGCACCGACCGACGAGUGGGCGUCGCCGCGUAUCGCCGAUACGCCACAAUUUAUCGCCGACUGGGUCGCGCGUUUCGGGCCGGAGGAUACGCUCGGCGAGACGCUCGGCGUGGCGAUGCAUGCGCUCGUGCAGCGCGUCCGUAAAGGCGCGCUCUCCGAGCCGCAGAGCACGCCAGAGCCGGCCGCGGAGCAGCCGGUCGAUCCCAACGACGUUCAGAGUGUGCUUGCGCACCUGCUUGGCGUCGCCGACCCCCGGGCGCAGUCUUCCGCGCCGAAGGAGAGCGAAGGGAUGACGAUUGCCGGCCUCGACUGGCGCCCCAUCCAGAUGGCUGUUGUGGCGGCACUCGAGUGCCGCCCGCUUGCGGCGGCCGUGCCAGGCUUUGCCUCCUUCUCGCCAAACGUGCCUGCGCCGAUGCUCGAACGCGAGUCGCUCUUUGGCCCCCUGCUGCGUCUGUCGUGCUUUGCCGACGCCUAUCCAAACAUGGCCAAGUCGCAUUUUUCCGAGGCCAAGUCGCGCUCGCCGAUCGAGCUCGAAAACAGCAUGCAGUCGCUCCGCAUGGCGCUCGACGUGGUGCAGUCGAACAACUUCCGCAUCUUUAACGCGCUCGUGCGUUCCGAUGCGAGCGCGCGGGAAAAGGUACUUGCGUUUGUCGGGCACGCGUGCGCGCUCAACGUGAAGCGCGGUGCGAUGCAGGCGCGUGCGCGCGAGAUUGCCUCGGAUGCGUUCAUGGUCAAUCUGUACGAUGUCGUGCUGCGCUUUGCGAUGCCGUUUGUCGAUGUCAGCUGUGCCAAGAUUGACCGUAUCGACAUGAACUACUUGCAGUACCAGCGCCGCUGGGACACGCAGAGCCUCACGCGCAUCCACGCGUCCGAGGCGGACGCGGCGGCGUGGAUGGCCGCGGGCGCCGCGCCGCCGGCCCCGCCCAACUUUAUCACCGAGAUCUUCUUUUUGGGCACGCGCCUGACCAAUCUUGCGCUCGGCAAGGCGAUCCGGCGUGUCGAUGACCGCGAAAAAGAGAUGGAUCGCCUGCAGAAGCGGAUCGAUGAGUUUGAGGCAGACCGCAGCAACUGGCAGGCACUUCCGCAAGGCGCGCGUGUCGAGCAGGUGAUCAAGCGGGCGCAGGCGCAGUACGACAAGCUACACGGCGAGGUGCUUGCCGCACAGACGCAGCUGCUCGCGCCGCAGUUUGUGCAGCGCGUGAUCCAGUUUACGAGCUUCACCAUGAUGUGGCUUGUGCGCCUUGGCGACGACAAGCACGCCCACCCUAUGCCGAUGGUGGCGCUUCCGCUGUCGCAGGAGCCGUCGGAGCUGUUCCGCAUGCUGCCCGAGCACAUGUUUGAGGACGUUUGCGAUACGAUCCUCUUUUAUGCGCGCCGCAAGCCCGACGUGCUCGACGAGAGUGCAAAGAACAGCGUUGUGGCGUUCUGUACGACGUUCUUGUCUUCUGGGUGGUGGAUUCGGAACCCCUUUUUGAAAGCCAAGCUCGCCGAGAUGCUCUCUUACAAUGUGAUGCCCUACGGCCCGUACAAGUCGGGUGUGCUGGGCGACACGAUCAACAGCCACCCUCUUGCGCUGCAGCAUCUCGUGCCUGCGCUGAUUGCCUUUUGGAUCGAUGCAGAGAGCACCGGAUCCAACUCGCAGUUUUACGACAAGUUCAAUAUCCGCUACCACCUCGUGCAGAUCUUUAAGGAGAUCUGGACCAACCCUGACCACAAGAAGCACCUCUACCAGCAAGCGACGCAGUUCCCCACCGAGUUUACCAUCUUUAUCAACCGGCUGAUGAACGACGUCACGUUCUUGCUGGACGAUGCACUCGACAAGCUCGUGGAGCUGCACGCCAAGCAGGUUGAGGUCGACGACCGCGCUUCGUGGGAGGAGCGUACGGCCGAAGAGCGCCAGGAGCACGAAGGGAUCAUGCGCAGUAUCCAAGGACAGAUCCGCAGCGACCUCGGCCUCGGCCACGAGUUCCUGCGGCUCCUGAUCAAGUUUACGGCUGAGACCAGUGCGUCGUUCAUGACGCCCGAAAUUGUCGACCGCCUUGCGGCGAUGCUCGACUACAACCUGGAUUUGCUGGUCGGUCCCCGCUGCCAGGAACUCAAGGUAAAGGACCCCAAAAAGGUCGGUUUCGACCCGCGCAGCCUGCUCAGUGAGAUCCUCUCGGUCUUUUUGAAUUUGGCGCCGCACGAUGAGUUUGCGACGGCGAUUGCGCGCGACGGGCGCAGCUACUCGCGCGAGACCUUUUCCAAGGCGGCGAGCAUUGCGCACCGGCACAUGCUCAAGAGCCCGCCCGACAUUGACGCGCUUGCGUCGCUUGUCGAUCGUGUCGAGCGCGUCAAACAGGCAGACGCCGACGAGGAAGAGGACCUGGGCGAUGUCCCCGACGAGUUCCUCGACCCUCUGCUGGCGACGAUCAUGCGCGACCCGGUGCGCCUCCCCUCGAGCCGCACGGUGCUCGACCGGUCUACGAUCAAGGCACACCUCCUGAGCGACUCCAAGGACCCCUUCAACCGCAUGCCGCUCACCCUCGACCAGGUGCAGCCCGACGAUGCGCUCCGUGCGCAGAUCGAGGCCUUCCUGCAGGAGCGCAAGGCCUCCACCACCCGGCGGCCGCAGUGA